GGUUUACGUAAACGUGCACAUGCGCAUUGUCGACGAUCCGAAAGUCCUUUUUUGCCUAGUGUUGAACGACUAGCAUCAAACGAGCCUGAAGAUGCAGCUCUUUCUACGUGCCCAGAAUAUUCACACCCUUGAGGUGACUGGCCAGGAGACUGUCAAAGACAUCAAGGCUCAUGUCCAGGCUUUGGAAGGUCUGCUGGUGGAGGAGCAGGUGCUGUUGCUGGCUGGCUCUCCCCUGGAGGAUGACCUCUCCCUGGCUGCCUGUGGAAUCUCUGAGCUCUGUACUCUAGAGGUGGCCGGCAGACUGUUGGGAGGUAAGGUCCACGGCUCUCUGGCCCGUGCCGGAAAAGUAAGGGGACAGACACCCAAGGUCGACAAACAGGAGAAGAAAAAGAAAAAGACUGGCCGUGCCAAGCGUCGCAUCCAGUACAACAGACGCUUCGUCAACGUGGUGCCCACCUUCGGGAAGAAGAAGGGACCUAAUGCCAACUCCUAAACUUCCAUCACAUCCCUUUUUGUUUCAACCAAGCUAAAUGUUAUCCUUCUGUACAGAAUAAAAUUGGUUUGGUAAAAAGGUA